AUGCCUUUCAAAAGCGGGUCGUUCGCGACUUUCCUGAUCGUCUGCCCAACAUGCUUCUUCCUCGGCAUAAUCUUCUCCCUCUUCCCAUACGACUACCCGAUUCUCUGGUCCACAACACCGACCCCAGCUUCCCACUAUGACUACCUAGAAGCGCACCUCCAAUUCCUCCACGCCAGCCCACCCCUAAUCCCCCGCAUUCUCCACAUUGUCAUCUUCCUAGGCCUCGCAGGCCUAAUCACCAAGCUCUACAAGCCCUCCGAAUCAAACAUGCUCUUCGACGGCGCCUCUCUCGUCCUCUACAUGUGCGGCGUGACGGUCUACAUCGCCAAUAUCGUCAAGGGUCUCCGUCUUGCUUCGGCUGGAAAAUAUGGUGAUGCGCUCGCUUCUACGCCUGAAGAGCGGGAUCAGAUUCUUGGUCGGGAAGACUCGCUUAAGGUGCUGAGUGCUAGCAAUACUAUUUUGGCGCUUGUUCUGGUGGGAAUUUUGGUUUUGCAGGCUGGGCAGUGGUAUGCUGAGAAGAAGGAUCAGCAGGAGAUUGACUCCCUUGCUAAGGGGAAGAAGGAUAGCGAUGAGGAGGAGGAGGUUGUUGCUGUUGCUGUUGCGUCGGGUGUCGAUGCGAAAGGUGGGAAGAAGAAGAAUAAGGGGAACUAG